GGUUGAAAAUGACCCCACAUCUCUCUAUAUAUAAAUAAAUAUUAAAGUUAGGCUUCAUAUUUUAGACACUCCCAAAACAAAAACAAUUUGCCACACGACAUAUUAGUUUUCUGGUUUCGGUCGAAAUUUUCUUCUCUUCUUUCACCAUGGAUCCCUACAAGUAUCGUCCUUCAAGUGCUGCCAAUUCCGCUUUCAUGACAACUAAUUCCGGUGCUCCUGUAUAUAACAACAACUCUUCCAUGACUGUUGGACCUAGAGGGCCGGUUCUUCUUGAGGAUUAUCAUCUGGUGGAGAAGCUUGCCAAUUUUGACCGUGAGCGUAUCCCAGAGCGCGUUGUUCAUGCCAGAGGUGCCAGUGCCAAGGGUUUUUUUGAGGUCACACAUGAUAUUUCCCAUCUUUCAUGUGCUGAUUUUCUUCGAGCUCCUGGGGUCCAGACACCUGUUAUUGUGAGAUUCUCUACUGUUAUCCACGAGCGUGGAAGCCCUGAAACCCUCAGGGACCCCAGAGGUUUCGCUGUAAAAUUUUACACCAGAGAGGGUAACUUUGAUCUGGUUGGGAAUAACUUUCCUGUCUUCUUUGUCCGCGAUGGAAUGAAGUUCCCUGACAUGGUUCAUGCACUGAAACCAAAUCCAAAGUCCCACAUUCAGGAGAACUGGAGGAUCCUUGAUUUCUUCUCUCACCAUCCAGAAAGUCUUCAUAUGUUCAGUUUCCUGUUUGAUGAUCUGGGUAUUCCACAAGAUUACAGGCACAUGGAAGGUUCCGGUGUUAAUACCUAUAUGUUGAUCAACAAAGCUGGGAAAGCACAUUAUGUGAAGUUCCAUUGGAAGCCAACUUGUGGAGUCAAGUGCUUGUUGGACGAUGAAGCUAUUAAGGUAGGAGGAGCGAAUCAUAGUCAUGCCACCAAGGAUCUGUAUGAUUCAAUUGCUGCUGGAAACUAUCCAGAGUGGAAACUGUUCAUUCAGACUAUCGAUCCUGAUCAUGAAGACAGAUUUGACUUUGACCCCCUAGAUGUAACCAAGACCUGGCCUGAGGACAUCUUGCCAUUACAACCAGUUGGUCGCUUGGUAUUGAAUAGGAACAUCGAUAACUUCUUUGGAGAGAAUGAGCAGCUUGCUUUUUGCCCUGCCAUUGUUGUCCCUGGUGUUUACUAUUCCGAAGAUAAGCUUCUCCAGACUAGGAUAUUCUCAUAUGCUGAUACCCAGAGACAUCGUCUUGGGCCAAACUAUUUGCAGCUCCCAGUUAACGCGCCCAAGUGUGCUCAUCACAAUAAUCACCAUGAAGGUUUCAUGAAUUUCAUGCACCGUGAUGAAGAGGUCAACUAUUUCCCCUCAAGGCUUGAUCCUUGUCGUCAUGCGGAGCAGUACCCAAUUCCUCCUCGUAUGUUGACAGGAAAACGUGAAAAGUGCAUCAUUGAGAAAGAGAACAACUUCAAGCAGCCAGGAGAGAGAUACAGAUCCUGGGCACCGGACAGGCAAGAAAGGUUUAUCUGCAGAUGGGUUGAUGCUUUAUCCGAUCCUCGAGUCACUCAUGAAAUACGCAGUAUUUGGAUUUCAUACUGGUCACAGGCUGACAAGUCUCUUGGUCAGAAGCUCGCGUCUCGUCUCAAUGUAAGGCCUACAAUGUGAAGAUGAUAACGGUAUAUCCGAAUGUGUUGCUGUGCUGAAGAAGUAUUCCAAGAAAACAAUGUUUGUUUUGGUAGUAGAGUAUACUGUUUGGUGAUUGGGUUCUAUGUUGUACCAAACAAACUUUCUUGUAUUAGUUCUGACGUUGUUGUCACUUGAAUAAGUUAAAAAAGUUUUAGUACAAA